AUGGCUUUGAUGGUCGAUCAACAACAUUCAAACUUCAAACAUUACUGUAAAAUUUGUAAGAAGGGGUUUGGUUGUGGAAGGGCUCUUGGUGGGCACAUGAGGGCGCAUGGGAUUGGUGAUGAAAGUGGUCAUUUUGAUGAAGAUGAUCAAGCUAGCGAUUGGGAAGAUAAAAGCAAUAUACCAGCACCGAGCAAUAAGCGUAUGUAUGCAUUAAGGGCUAAUCCAAAUCGUUUAAAGAACUGUCGUGUUUGUGAACACUGUGGGAAAGAAUUUUUGUCUUGGAAAUCUUUUCUUGAACAUGGGAAAUGUAGUUCUGAGGAUGCUGAAUCUCUUGUUUCUUCGCCAGGAUCGGACGGUGACGUCGACGGCACACCACGAAGAGGGUGCGGUGGUUGGUCUAAAAGGAAAAGAUCUUUGAGAGCUAAAGUGGAUAAUUUCAACUCAAUUUGCCCAUCAAGCGAAGAAGAAGAUCUUGCUAAUUGUCUUAUGAUGCUUUCUAAUGCAACAGUCGAUCCUUUAGAGGCUGAGCCUGAAGAGUCAUGUGCUUCAGCUAGUAAAGACGAGGAACAACGAAGAAAUACAAUGAAUUUCAUCGCUCCUAUUUCAUGUAGAUCAAUGUCCAUGGAUAAGGCCAAAGGGGUUGCCACUAAAGGAUUGUUCGAAUGUAAAGCAUGCAAGAAAGUGUUCAAUUCUCAUCAAGCUUUGGGCGGCCAUAGAGCCAGUCACAAGAAAGUUAAAGGGUGUUUUGCAGCAAGGCUCGAUCAUAUGGAUGAUAGUUUAGCUGAUGAAGAUCACGAUGUCAUCACACACGAAGAGUUUUUUCCGACUAAAUCAACCUCCAAUUACCAAUUUGAUCAUGGCACAAAUACUCCAUUACCCUCUACAUCAAAAAGAAAAUCAAAAGUCCAUGAAUGCUCAAUCUGUCAUCGUGUUUUUUCAUCAGGACAAGCCCUGGGCGGCCAUAAAAGGUGUCAUUGGAUCACUUCAAAUUCACCAGACACUUCAUCCUUGGCUAAGUUUCAUAAGUUUCAUCACGACACCAUUCAAAGACCAAAAUUCAUCGACAAUUCUGACCCACUUGACCUUAAACUCGAUCUCAAUCUUCCCGCCCCAGAUGACAAUCAAGCUGCAGCAGCAGCACGACGGGAGCACGCAAAGCCUUCAAGCUUUGAAGUGUCAACAGAGAUGUACUUGCAGCCGUGGAUGGGGAAAGAAAGCAAGGAGGAUAAUCACCAUAGCCAUCAAGUUAACAGUGACCAUAAAAACAUUAAUAACAAAUAUAAUUGUAACAACAGUUCAUUGCAGAUUGUGGAAGAUGAAGCUGACAGUAAAGUGAAGUUAGCCAAGUUAAGUGAACUAAAGGAUAUGAACAUGAACGAAGGUUCAUCUCCAUGGCUUCAAGUAGGGAUUGGUUCAACUACUGAUGUGGAAGCUGACCCAUAAACAUUACAUUUUUUUCUAGUGACAGUAUUUAAUCCCAAUUUUUUUUUUUUUUUCCAAUUAAAAGGUGUAAUUACAAAGUCAACAGGGUGCAAAUAUUAGGUGCAAUGAAAUCUGCACCCCAUAUAAUUACGAAAUCAAAUUUUUGGAACGUGAAUUUUUACAAAUUACAGUUAUGGCUGUGUAAUUUAUUUAAAAAAAUAAUAAUAUUUCCACAGUUGACAUUA